AUGGGCAGUUCCAAUAGCAGUGCGGGCAUCCAGUGGUCCACACAGGAGGCACGAACUCUUCUCUCCAUACUAGGUGAGGCAGAGUAUAUUCAGCACCUCCAGACAGUGCAUGAUAAUACAGAUGUCUAUCAGGCUGUGUCUAAACAAAUGCAGCAGGAAGGCUUCUGCCGCACCAAACGUCUGUGCCGCUCCAAGUUUAAAGUUCUGAAGGUAUUGUAUUUAAAGGCAUAUGUUGCCCAUGCCACAAGUAUGGGUGAUCCACCACACUGUCCAUUUUAUGAUACAUUGGAUCAGCUUCUCCAAAAUCAGAUAGUGACUGACCCAGACAACUUACUGGAGCAUGCUGCUUGGGCCAAGCACUGUGAUCAGAACUUAGUGGCCUCUGACACCCCAGGGGAAGAGGGAAUCAGCAUUCUGAGAGCAAAAAGGACUCAGGCAGUAGAUCAUCAGCCUACCUUGAAAACAGUUAAGGACACAGAUGAGGAUUGUCAGCUGAGAAUCAUUGAGCAGAUGCAAGAAACCAGUGACGUUGAGGACUCCUGGGAUGAAUCCUUGGGUGCAGGGUGCUCUCAAGGGACUCCCAGCUGCAGCAGCUCCCACCACCUUUUCAGAGGUGCAGUUACUUCCUGUCAGAGCAGCUCCAUGACCAGACUGGCUGUGUCUGGUGAGCCCAGUCCCUGCACCAGCACCAGCCGAAACACUCCUGGGGUGGCCUCCACACAGCAACCUCCAGUCUCCUCCUCCAGAAUUCCUUUUGUUUCUGGUGAGGACAGGCCUUUGACCAGUGAGCCCCCUCCAAGGUGGGCAAGGCAAAGAAGGCGUUCAGUAGCCAGGACUAUUGCAGCUGAGUUGGGAGAAAACAGGAGAUUGGCAUGAGAACUUUCCAAGCGUGAGGAAGAAAAAUUGGACAGGCUAAUUGCUAUUGGUGAGGAGGCCAGUGCUCAGCAAGAUACGGCCAACGAGCUCCACAGGGAUGCCGUGAUCGCAGUCAGACGCUUGGUGACAGCAGUGGAAGAGGCCACCAGUGCUUUUCAGCUAGGGCUUGAAAAAUUUCUUCAGAGGUUAAUUUCGAAUACCAAAAGUUAG